AUUAUCGUAUACAGCAGAAAAUCAGGAACUCAUUUGUAUUUCCAAAAGUAUUAUUAUCAAUAAUUAUGGCUAUUUAAGGAACCCGUUACUAAUCAAAAUAAAUGGAGCAUUCAUACAGAUUGUGCUUUUGGGAAUCAAAAAAUGGCUCCCCUAUGUCAUCACUUGAAGAACCACUCUGGCACCUUUAUUUUUAAGAGUGAAGAGGCAGACCCACCAUCAGAGCUAACCAGCAUCAAAGAGAUCACAGUUUUAUGGGGCUCAAACCUGACUAUUCCAUGCUCCUACCAGCCAUCUUCCAGUUACUCAGAGAACAGGCAGAAAUGGACAAUCAUGCAGUUCACAGGAGAAAAGUCAAUCUUUUCCCGUCAUGGAGAUGAGAGCACCAUUUCCCUCUUGGAAUACAGAGGACGGGUUUCUGUGCCUGACAUCAGCACAGUGGGCAAUGUGUCUCUCACUUUAACUAAGGUGACUCUUGAGGACCGAGGAGAUUACAUCUGUGAAGUUGACUUGCGUUCCAAAGAUGGCCAGAUAACACCAUUGAGUGCUCACACCAAGAUCAUCAUACUCAGAGUGCCAGUUUCAAAGCCAGUGAUCACCAAUGUCAAGUCCCCACAUACUAUCUUUGAGGGAGAGGCCUUGAGGAUGUACUGCACAACAAGUGGGUCUCCACCUGUCAAAUACAGAUGGUACAAGAAGAAGUCAGACAGCUUCGAGCAGGUGAUGGAGUUCAUAGACUCUCUAUCAAGGCGUCAUGCUACCCUGUCCGACAGUGGCGAGUAUUACUGCACGGCUGAAAAUAAGGCUCCAGAGGUCAUCAACAGGAAGAGUGACCCAGUGUUGGUCACAGUGCUAGCAAAAGAAAGGACAACCACUUCCAUCAUGAGUUUACUAAAUCCAACAUCAGCUUGGCAUGAAACGACAUCUCGAAACUUCGAGGAUGAGAGCAAAGUUCUGACCACCACCUCCUCCUCCUCCUCCUCCUCCUUCUCCUUCUCCUCUUCUGUAGACAAAACUAGCGCUGAUCCUGCUCAGUACGAUGUAAACUCCAAGGUAUCUGAGACGGAUAUGUCAACCAUCAAAGACGCUGUGACUGUGUACCCUUCUUCAAGUAGAGCCAGCAUCAUUACCACCCAGUACAAUGUAACAUCCCAGGUAUUUGAGAUGGAUGGCACAACUGACAAAGCUCACUUGCGUUCUUCAUUAGCAACUGUCAUCUUUAUCACCUUGAUCAGUGCAGUGGCGCUGGCUGUUCUCAUCAGCCUCGCUAUCUGCAUCUACAUGAGGAAGAAGAAAGGGAAGAAGAAAUUUGGGUAUAAUAGCGCUCCCCUGGACAAUGUCACUGAACUUAAGAACCUGAAAAUUUGAAGAAAGUGCUGACUCCUCUGAAGCUGGAGCCAAUCCAUUCCAGACUUACCAGAUAUUUUAAGUGUGCAUGAGAGUUUGCUUUGCCAUCACUUUGGGUGCUCAUUUAUAGAAGGCACCAGUUCAAAGUUACCAAAUUGUUGUUAAGAUGGUCAAGUGUGUUCUCCCUGUUCUGAAUCCAGUGUGGAAAUAUCACACUAUAUGCAGCUUAAUUUACAAAAGGUUUGUUCAAUAACAUGGGUUUAGCCAUCUACUUCUUGAUACAUUGACCAGUGAUCUAAAAAUGAGAUGCCAUCAUGGGACUGGCUUUGUUAGGCCAAACUCUUAAAAGUUGUGGGUGGAGGGGGUCACAAUCUCAGAGUAAAGUCUUCAUCAGGUCUUUAUAUUCUUCAAGGACCCACCAUGACGGGCAAGCAGGGCAGCUUCAGUAGUAAUCAUUUCUCUUGUAAAGGCUUUUUUAUAACCAUUUUGAAUGUCAAAGCAUAGUGUGAAUAAAAUUAGAGUGUGCAAGUGUUAGCUUUCUCAGCACAACAUGGCCUUGCUUAUCAGAUUGAAAUGGGCGAUUAGACAGGAAGUGACUAAUUUAAAUAGAACUCUUCAUUAGGGAGGGGGUGGGGGGGGGGGGUGUGAGUGUCCUGUCGCCCCACCACAAGGACCAAGGAGUGACGUCAGGUUACAAAUUGGGAUACCUUCACAUCACUCAGUAGGAGUAUAUAUACAAAUGGCACACUCACUACGUCUAACAAUUUGAAUGCUGCACAUACAGAAUGAUUCCUGCCCAUCUUACACAAUCACACUUUGAAAUGAGAUCACCCCCAGCGCCAAAAUGAUUGUCUUUUUUUGUGGACCUUUCCCUACUGGUUUUUCAAAUACACACUAUCUCCCCAUGUUGUGGCUUGUUGGAGACCCAAUUUGGAAUUUCACUUCCUUUUUGCAACUUUUGCAAGGCAGCUCCAUAAGACUUCUCCUAACAUCAUGGCCGAUCCUGCUAAUAGGCAGCAUUUUCUCUUUUUGGGUGUCUCUAUCUGCAGGAACCAUCGCUGACUCUGACACAUGGCCAUAUUUAGCUAUCAGAUCACAGGGUGUCCCACAUCCGCUUUUGCUCAAACUCUGUUCAGUUAGAAGAGGAAGUCAGAAGGAGCGUUGACUUUUGCAGAUAGUCUCUUUGAGUUUCUCCAGCGCACACGCUGCUGAGUCACGCCUUGUUUGUAGCCCUCAACAGCCUGACUUCAGACCAGCAUCUGUGAAGGCAUGGAUGUACAUCCCCAAUCAACAUCCCUUUCUCAAUUAACUCUGACAUGUAAAGGGAGGCACAGUGGUUAGCAGGGCUGCCCUCUAGCUGCAGAGUCCUGGAUUCAUCUCAAAAUGGGUUACUCUCAUUGUGGAAUUUAGAUAAACUCUUACUGUGUGCACAUGGGGUUUUGUCCAACAUCCCAAAGAUUUGCAGGUUAGAUGAACUGGCAACUCUAAACAGGCCGCAUAUGAGUGAGUGUCGGGGUGUGUGUGUGUUAGAUUGGCAUCCAACCCUGGGUUAUUUUGUGCCAACUCUGCCAUUAUAAACCCAGUUCCCUGGUAAUUCUGAAUUGAAUUAAGCGGGAUCAGUAAUGGGUAGAUGGUUGAUUGGGGGUUGAGGUGUGAGGUGAUUAGCACUGUUGUCUUGCAUCUCCAGAGUCUGGUGUUAAAAAUCCCCAUCUACCAUCUGUGUGCAGUUUACCAGCAUUUCCAUUGUUCAGCUUAGUUCCUCAUUCCAGAGGCAUGCAUCUUACACUGAUUGGUGAUUCUGAAUUGGCCUGAUGUAUGGGAGUGUGCCCUGCAAUGAACUGGUAUCCAGUCCAGGGUGAUUCCUGCUUGUGGCUAGGUAGGCUGCAGCUCAACAUGACUUUGUAAUAAUAAUAACAAAUAAUUAAUUACAUUUAUUUAGCACUUUCCUAAGCUAUUUACAGUGCUCUGCAUAGACAGUAGGGAAUCACUUUAACCACAACCAAGGUGUAUCAUCCACUGGGAUGGUGCAACAGCAGAAAUUCUUGUGCCAUCACAUUCACGGCGCUAUUAGGGGGUGAAGAAGUGAGAGAGAUAAUUAGCCAAUAAGGGACAGAGGAGGAUCAGGGGGCCAAAAUCACCAGGCUGUGGUGGGCAAUUAAGCCAGAAUAUUAGGGAAACAAUUGAAUCUUUUCAAAGGAUGCCCAGGGAUAUGUUAUGACCAAAGAGAAAGAUGGCAACAAUUUUUAUAGCACAGGUCUCGUCAGGUCAAUUUGUGGAUCAUGCACUGGUAAAAGCCCUUGCCGCAUCCACCACACGAUGAAGAUCAGGAUCCUGGGACCUGAGUGCUGCUGUGCAGCGGGCGACGCCUCAGCACCACACCAGUUCUGAUCCCCAACAAGCCUGACCCCAUUAAGGAGUCCUGUCUGUCGUCUCAGAGCUGUGUGAAGUUUUUUGUUAUGGUGGCUGGAGUGCCAAUCUUACCACCAACCACCAUGAUUUCCUUGCAAGUUGCAGGUCCAGAUGCAGUUUAACAUCAUAUCCAGGACAAAUAGCAGUGUUAUAUUUUUUGUAAGUUACUUUUAAAAGUAAUGUUACCCUCAUUGCUCAGGAGACACAGACUCCAUGCUUGUUUUUAGAUUCAUGGUGACCGCUGAUGAUAUUUAAUCCUUUUUUUUUCUGACAUUUUAUGACAUCAGAGCGAUUUUUCAAAGGAGAUCUCCCUAAAUGUACUUGCAUGUGUAAAAGCAGGCACCUUAACCAUCUUACUCACUUUACCCAUAUUUUGUGGAUGCAGGUAAAUAGAUGGUGAAAAGCUUAAAACAAGAUUAUAAAUUCACAUACAGAAAUACUCACUACAUUCCAAUACACGUUUAGCAAACCCAGUUUUGUAAUUUCCGCACUGAAACACACAGAAACUGGGAAAUAAUAUCUCACUUAUUGAAGGUAGAAGUCCAUACUAAAGCAGAAGUUGUAUGGGAUGAAACCUGCAGCCACAAUGGGCACCCAGGACCAACCUUGAGAUUUGCUGGUCUAGGUGGAUAUUUUGGCUGCUCUGAUAUCUCCACUUGUCCACUUGACUUGGCUGUUGGGCAAAAACCAUAUAAGCAAGGGUAGGGAAAUUCAUGUAAUAGAUGCAAGGUGGCCAUUACAGGAAGACUUUGUUAGCAAUGAUAGGCCAAGAAGAAUUUAAAUUUUGUAGCCAGUCAAGGAAGUUGAGAAGACUGCAACCUCUUUAUGAAGUGGUGCUAUUCAUGGAAGACCUUUAUUUUUAUGAGGGCUGGACUAACACAAUAACUCUCAUUCUUUUCCUGCUUAACAUACCACCAUGACCUCUCCCCCAAUCCUUUUUCAGAGUGGCAUGUCACAUUCAAGGCCCCCACAGUCAAACUCUGGCACAAAGAAAGUGUGGCAGCAUCACCACCUGAGUGGAAUAUAGAGGCCACCAUUGACCCCCACCAAACAAGACAUCAGCACUCAUUUUUACCAAGAGAGCUCCAUGGAGUUUCACUUGUGCUUUUCUACUGAUCAAUCUACUUUAUUGGAAGUUUGAAAAAUAAAAUCAGAAAGUAUCAGGUUCUAUUAGCAUAUUUAUUAAAACAAAGUCAAUUUUUAAACACACUAUUCAUAAAUCUUCAGGAAAUAAUGAAGGCAAAUAACAUCAAUAAGGUUACAGGAAAUGGUUAUUGAAUGGACUGUAAUUUAUUUGUUUAUUAAGCUUCUCUUAUUUCAUGUAACUGCAGUGCCCUCAAAAGCUCGGCCUAACAUAAGUAUCUUGGCUCAGCUCAAGCAUUUACUAGCACAUUUACUAACACAUUAAGCAUUAUGUUUUCAAUACUGGAAGACCACUUUCUGUAGAAAUGCCAUAUGCUAAUUCAUUAAUUAUGGACCAAAUAAAUUUCUCACAAGCAAUCAAGAGUUACUUUGAGAAAUGGAGCUCCUUGUCAGCAUUUGCAUGCCCACUCCAUUUUGGGUCUUCUCCUUAUCUGCACUUAAAUGAAACUGUCAGGUUGAAUUUUUGCUCUCCCUGAUGUCCAUCCAUCCAUUUUGUUAACCCACUUCACCCUAAGCAUGGUCACAAGGUGGCUGGAGUCUAUCCCAGCAAGCAUAGGGUGCAAGGCAAGAGCAAGUUUUGGACAGGGUGCCAAUCCAUUGCAUGAUGAAAACUCAAACACACACAGACACACACCAUACUCACACACCAGGGCCAAUUUGGCAUUGCAAAUCCACUUAACCUGCAUCUCUUUAGACUGUGGGAGGAAACUGGAGCACCAAAGGCAACCCACAUGAACACAGGGAGAACAAGCAACCUCCACACAGGCUGGACCUGGGAUGUGAAUCUUGGUCUCCUCACUAUGAGGCAGCUACUCUACGAUUGCACCACCGUGUCACCCUUUAUUUAAAUUAUCAGUACCAAUUUGAAUUUUUUUGAGAUUGUAAAUGUGUGGUUUAGUAUCAGGAAGAUUACUUAACUCCUAUGGACAGGAAGGAACCCUGAUUGUAAUGAGUUACCAGUAAUAUUCUGUCUAAUCUUCAUACAAUACACUGCUUUGCAGAACAUUUUUAGAAAGAAUCCAUACUUUGUUGAACCUUUUUAGUCCAAACUGUUAUCGUGGAGACAAUUGAGCCAAUCCCUGGCAUACUAUAGUGCCAGGGCACACUCACUUAUUGACACCAGGCCAGUUCAGACACACUCGUACAUGUAACAUCAUUUCUAUGAUUCAUGAUUUAUUUAAAUUAAAGAGGCUGAAACAGAGAAGUGGUGCAGGCAGAAAAAAAGUGGACUAACGUGUGUUAGAUGAGCUAAUCAAACAUUAAAAUAAGGAAUUCAAAAAAGAAGAGGAUUUAUGUACAAUCAAGGGGCUUACCAGAAAUGAGUUUAUUCAUCCUCAUAGGAGGUGCUCAUACUCUGCAUGCCUACUUUCACACCAGUUUUGUGGCAAGGCAUGGACUGUUGGGUAAAGCGAGCCAUGAAACAUCCCCACAUCAUUCUCUGUCUUCAUUUAUGAAUUUUCCAGGGCAAGAACAUGGCAGAAUACACACACAUUAGGUCAUUUUAGCAUUGACAGUCAUUCUAGGAACAGGUCUUUGCAUUGAGAGGACAACCCUAAAAGAACACGGGGAGAACAUGAAAAUGCGAGGCAGGAGUAAAGCGGGAGUUCUGGGCAGCAUGGCUACCCACUUUGACGUCAUGUCCCCCUUCUUAUGUAUAAAAUCAUAAGUUAGCAUUGUCAUUAUUUACAUGUAGUUAUCUCAUAAAUCAGCACAUGUUAAUAAGAUCAUUCUUACAAUAAAGACAGACACCCAUUUUUUCCAGUUCAAGUAAAAGGUGCUUUAUUUGCAUAACAUACAUUUACGAUAUUUCAGGUGUAAUGGCAGCAAUGCACUAAAUAUGUGUCUGUGCAUUAUUUGAAUCUUUUUGAGACCGCUUACCCCAUUGAAGGACACAGGGGCUUAAAGCUUAUCCCAGCAGUAAUGGAGACCAUCAUAAAACAACAAGAAGUGAGCAGUGAAUAAACAAAGAAAAAAAAUCACCUUACAUAGCACUAAGAAAUAAGCACACAAAAUGAAGUCAGCGCCCAGCAUUACACACAUUCAUUCACAGCCAUCUUUGCCCAAAUGGAACCAAACCAUCUGGUUUGUGCUGAAGCACCACAGGAUGAUCUGUCAUAGAUGUUCAAAAUGACCGUGGUCACUAUCCAAAGCGGCAAAGUGCUAAUGUUCAUCACGGUGCAUGGUGACCACCCUCAAAUGUCACAGAUCUUUC